CUGAUCCGCUCCGCUCCCCUUCCGUGCGCUGCCCGCCGCUCCCCACCGCUCACACCCGAUCCCAUCCAAUCCAAUCCGAUCCGCUCCGCUCCGAGUGCAUAGUGCAUGCAAAGUCGCGGGGCUGGGCUUUCGGAAUUACACAACCCACAUGGGGCAGCGCCAACAAAAGCCUCAGCAGCAACAAUAGCGGGCAGCCAAGCAUUCUGUCCCCGACUUCGACCAUGGCUCCCACCACCAGUCCGCCACCCAAGCUGGCCAAGUUCAAGUCCUCGUCGCUGGACCACGAGAUCUACACGGCCAAUCGCCGCGGCACCAUUGCAACGGCCUCCAGCGACUGGAAGGCGCUCCGCGGAGGCGUCGGUGGAGGAGGAGGACCUGGUAGCGGACCCAAUCCCUCUAACGGCCGCUCUCUUCACGCCGGCGGACCCAUGACACGGGCCGCCUCCACAUCCUCGCUGGCUAGCAGUACGCGCACAAUGACCAACUACCAGGAGUACAAGAUGGAUAUCAUCAACCAGGGGAAAUGUCUGUGUGGUCAGUACAUCAGAGCGCGGCUGCGACGGGCAGGAGUCCUCAACCGGAAGGUGACACAGCGUCUGCGCAACAUCCUGGACCCCGGCUCCUCGCACGUGGUCUAUGAGGUUUUUCCGGCACUGAACAGCAUGGGCGAGGAACUGGAGCGGAUGCACCCGCGGGUGUACACAAACAUAUCGCGACAGCUGUCGAGGGCCCCGUUUGGGGAGCUGGAGGACAGCGACAUGGCGCCCAUGCUGCUCAACUUAGUUGCCAAGGAUCUUUUUCGCUCCAGCAUCACCUGGGGCAAGAUAAUCUCGAUAUUUGCCGUAUGCGGCGGCUUUGCCAUAGACUGCGUGCGCCAGGGACAUUUCGACUACCUACAGUGCCUGAUUGACGGUCUGGCUGAGAUCAUAGAGGACGACCUGGUCUACUGGCUGAUCGACAACGGCGGAUGGCUGGGCCUGUCGCGGCACAUCCGACCCCGGGUCGGCGAAUUCACGUUCUUAGGAUGGUUGACGCUGUUUGUGACCAUCUCUGCGGGCGCGUAUAUGGUCUCAAACGUGUGUCGGCGCAUUGGAGGUCAACUGUAUUCGCUGCUGUUCUAGAUUCGCCUGGGAUCGCGUCGUUUAGAAAUACAAUCGUACCAUUUAGUCAAUGAGAGCUUCGAAUCAUUCCUGCUUCCAUGGGCACCAGUCGUUUAGUAGUAUGUAAUGGACCCUGUUUUACGUAUAAUAUUGUUAUCCCCUUUCUCCUCUUUUUGUACAUACAAGGCUAUUUUAGGCGCAAUAAAGCGUGUGUUUUAAUUUGAA